AUGGCGGCCUCCACUGAUUCCAAACCAGACCACAAACUUAACUCACUUCUGUACCAUGCCUUGAGGAAUCAAAAAACCAAGGAAGUGAUCCAGCUCUGCCAGAAAGCUCUGGAUGGCCCAUUGCACAUAACGAGUAUACACAAGGACACUGUUCUUCAUCUAGCCUGCUACUCCAAACAACGUGAUCUUGCCCUUCUAUUGGUUAGAUUGUUGCCCAACAAUCUUAACCAGCGCCUGACCAAAGUUAAAAACGAUGUCGGAAACACGAUACUCCAUGAAGUAGCCACCAGCAACGAGAUGACGGAGGUGGCCAUGCUAAUGUUGGAAAAAGAACGCAAGUUGUUAAGUACUCCUAACAUCCUGGGAGAGAUGCCACUCUUUCGAGCAGCCCGAUUCGGAAAAAUUCAUAUGUUCAAGCUUCUGGCGGACGAAGUUGAUAAAGACGGUGAUGAGGAGCGUCGUAAACAGCAGUUCCAAAGUAGAGAUAAGACAAGUAUUCUUCAUAUUGCUAUUAUUACUGAGCAUUUUGAGUUGGCAAUGUUGAUUGUGAAGAGGUACCCAUAUUUGAUUGGCAUGAAAGAUGGUAACAACAUGACAGCUCUUCAACAUCUUGCAACUAAUCCAUCGGCAUUUCGAAGUGGAAGCAAACUUGGACUCUUCAAGGGACUCAUCUAUAAUUGUAUUCCAAUCAAGAAAAAGACCAUGGAAGGAGAAGAUCUAAGGACCAAAAGCUCCGAAAGUGGAGAAAUUAGUUAAAUCCGAUUUCUUCAGGCUCUUCAACCAUAAGAACCAGACUGCUCAACAGUUAUUUGAUAAAAACUAUUCUAAACUUCAUGAGGAUUCCAAAAAAUGGCUAGAGGAAACCUCUAAAAAUUGCACUAUUGUGGCUGUUCUUAUCGCCACUGUCGCCUUUACUGCAGCCUACACUGUACCUGGAGGUAAUCAAAGCAGUGGUAUGCCAGUCCUUCUCUCCGAUCCCUUCUUUGUGGUUUUCACCUUGGCUGAUGUAACCUCCCUUACUUUCGCUUUGACAUCGGUAGUUUCGUUUCUCUCAAUCCUCACAUCACCUUUUCGAUUACAAGAAUUCAAGCACUCUCUUCCUAGUAAACUGAUGCUGGCUUUUACAUUUUUAAUCCUUUCUGUAACAAUGAUGAUGGUGACAUUUGCUGCAACAGUCAUCCUUAUGAUCCAUAAUAAGGAAAGUUGGACAAAAAUUGCUCUAUACUCAGUUGCAUUCCUUCCAGUCCUCGUUUUUGCUCUCUCAUAUUCAAAUCUUUAUGCACACCUGGUGAAAGCUUGUUCAAACCUGUUCCAAAUUAUACAGAAGAUUUUUCCCAGGUGGAAGGGUAAUCGUCCACAUCGCAAUGAAGCCCGAUGCAUGAGUUCCUCCAACCCUCCUGAUCAAUCUCACGUCAGAUCCAGUUUCAGGCGCCCUUCUACACGUCAAAUUACUGAAGUUUGAAAGGGGGAAAAACCUUAUAGGAACUCCUUACGGUCAAAAGAGGCAACAAUCAAAUAAGUGAUUUAAUUUGUUUUCCAACUACUGUUAAGAACUGCUAUAUCUACAUAUGUUUAAUUUACCUUGUUCUGAGAGUGAAUUAUGUGUUGUCAUUGCUGUAUGGUUUUAAAUUUUAUGAAAUUAAUAAGAGAUGACUAAAGAAUAAAAUUA